AUUAUGCGAUGGUCAGAGGAUGAGCUAACCGACCAACCUGACCCGAGCCGACCCGACCGGUUCUUCGUUCGACGAACAUCAAAUUGCGGUACCAGAUGAGAUCAGGCUUCGUGGCUCUUUUCAAUUCCGAGGAGUCGUUCGUUCGGUUCGAGCGAGUAUAAUCAAGCGAGGACGCGGGCGUCGCAGUUUUAAUUACUACUUGCUGUCGCAGUUAUCUCUAAUUACGAUCGAAUCAACAUACGAAUCACGCGAUUAUGAAGCACGUCCAAACGUUAGGCUACGUGGCGGUGGUCCUGUGCAUCGCGACGCUUGCGAUUGGACGCUGCGAAUCCAAGCGAGCUGUCGACGCGAACAGGACGAAGGUUGCCGAUUUUGAGGGGGCCGUGAACCACGACGAGGACGAGGAUGACUUUGUACCCUAUCAAGGAGAACGUUUCAACGUAUUUGAUUGGACACUGUUCAAAGUAAUGAGUAAAAGGUACGAUGAAAAUCUUCUUCUAUCGCCGAUAUCGUUGAAGAUUGCAUUGGUACUUUUGUACGAAGGAGCUCAAGAAAACACUGCUCAUGAACUAGCCGCAGGGAUGCAGUUACCUGCUACCCGAACGGCUACUCGGGACAAGUUCUCCACUAUUUUACGUUCCCUACAGACUACCUCUCCAGCAUACAGUUUGAAUAUUGGGACACGAAUUUACACAGAUUCGAAUAUUUUGAUCAGACAACGAUACGAGGCUAUCGUGAAAACCUUUUACAACACCGAUGUGAUUGUCGCGAAUAUGUCGGACUCGCAACCUCUCGUUCGGGAGAUAAACAGAUGGGUCAGUAAUGUUACAGAGGGUAACAUCGAGAAGAUUAUAGAAGAUGAGAGCAGCGUAAAGGAGUCGCUGAUGCUGAUAGUGAACGCGCUCUAUUUCAAAGGCUCAUGGCGACGCAGAUACUUCCCUCCGGAGAACACACGAGUUGGGAAAUUUUACAAAAAUGGUAACGAAUCGAUAGACGUGCCAUUUAUGCGCGCAUUCGGCAGAUUCUACUUCUCCGAGUCUCCCGAGUUAGAUGCAAAGAUUCUACGGAUUCCGUAUGACGGACACAAAUACGCCAUGUACCUUUUACUACCUCGUACUCAGAAUGGUAUCGAGCAACUUGUCGCCGAUGUUAAUCCUUUUAUCCUGGCGCGACACAUGUGGUUGAUGCAGGAUCUGCCUGUUGAUGUGUCCAUCCCGAAAUUUAAAUUUGAAUUUUCCAGUCAUUUGGAAUCCGUGCUUCGUCAGCUUGGUAUUCGCAAUAUCUUUGACGACACAGCUACAUUAACUGGUAUAGCCCGCACUAAAAGAACUUCCAAACACCUGAAAGUCUCGAAUAUACUGCAAAAGGCUGGAAUAGAAGUGAACGAGAAUGGAACGACGGCUUAUGUUGCCACCGAAAUCGAACUUGGGAAUAAAAUCGGGGAAGAAACGUUCCAUGCGAAUCGCCCCUUCUUAUUUUAUAUAGAAGACGAAUCUACAGGAACCAUCACUUAUAUGGGCAAGAUAAUGAAUCCUUUAAUUAUGAGCGGCAGUACUGGCAGAUCGAAUCAAACUACUCUAUCUAAAUUUGGCACACCAGUAGUGAACGCAGACUCGAACUUGCAGAUGGGCUUUAAUGCCGAAGAUAGGAAUAAUCUCUUCAAUGCAUACUUCUCACAGGUUCUCAGUAAGGAACACGAUGAAAAUCUAGUAUCAUCACCAGCGAGUGUUAAAGCGAUUCUAACGAUGCUGAUGGAAGGAGCAAAUGGUAAAACGAGACAAGAGAUUCUUUCGGAAUUAAGAUUACCUAAUGAGGAAUCGCGUAUAAGAGAAAUUACCCAACGUACCUACGUAUCCCUAAAGAGAAAAGAAAAUGGCACAGAAAUUGAUCUAGCUACCCGAUUGUGGAUAGAUGAAAACUUACAUGUACUGGACAGUUAUAAAAAUAUUUUGCAAUCACACUACAGAGGAGACGUUCAAAAUAUAAAUUUUAUAGAUUCUCAAAAGACUGCGCGUCUUAUUAAUGACUGGGUCCGUCAAGCAACGCGCAGCGUAGUUUCUUCACCCUUGGUUAACAACAUACAACCUGACACCCGUAUGAUACUGACUUCUAUUAUCUAUUUCAAAGGAUGCUGGUUGAAAGCGUUCGAUCCGAUGAAAACGGGAUUGCAAUGUUUUUAUGUCCCUAAUGGGGAAUGCAAAAAAACGCAUUUCAUGCAGCAUAAGUCCACGUAUCGAUAUGCGUACAUAUCCUCCAUUGAAGCGCAUAUUUUAGAAAUUCCGUACUCGGAUGGUAAAACGUCGAUGUUAACGAUCAUGCCAAAUGAAAGAGAAAAAGACCCACAUCUUCGAAUAUUGUCCAAAGAUUUAGCUACCAUUCCUAUAUCUGCGAUACUAGCAAACUUAAGGGAAAGAGACGUCACUAUAUAUCUUCCAAAGUUUAAGAUUGAGAACAAUCUUAAUUUAAUGUCCACCUUACAAAACCUGGGGAUUGAAAGUAUAUUCAGAUUUGAUGCAAAUUUAACUAACAUAGUUUCCAACGGUUCGGUACGGGUGACAGAUAUCUUACAGAAGAUUAAAGUAGAAAUAGACGAAGAAGGAACGUUAGCGGCAGCUGAUACGGAAGUUGGAUAUCAGCUGCUUUCAUCGUGGAGUAACGACGUUAAGAUGGAUAGACCUUUCCUCUUCCUCAUCAUCGAUUCCAUCACAAAUACAUCGCUAUUUUUCGGUCGUUUCAUCGAACCGCUAUAACAAGCAUUUUAAUGACCAUAGAUCUUAACACCUUGAAUGCCAUGGGGGUCACCAGUAAAUAAAUAAUUAUUAUGUGUAAUAAAUUACUUUUUAUUUGUGUAAUGAAAGAAACAUAAUACAAGUAUUUGAUACAUCGUUA